GGGGCGGGGAUGGACGCGCGGGGGGGGCCUUGCAGGACGAGCAGGAGGAGGAGGAGGCCGCCAACCAGAAGCUGGCGCUGCAGAAGGCCAAGGAGGUGGCCGAAGUGAGCCCGCUCUCCGCAGCCAACAUGUCCAUCGCCAUGAAGGAGCAGCAGAGGAACCAGAAGUCCUCCAAGUCGGUGUGGGAGCAGCGCACGAGCGAGCUGCGGAAGCAGAACCUGCUGGCCAGCCGCGAGGCGCUCUACAGCGAGCUGGACCCCGAGGAGCGCUGGAAGGUCCCCUACGCCCGCCACCUGCGCCCCGACAUGAAGACCCACCUGGACCGCCCGCUGGUGGUGGACCCCCAGGAGAACCGCAACAACAACACCAACAAGACGCGGCCCGGCGAGCCGCCGCCGGAGCCCCGCUUCGCAGCCCCCCGCGCCGACGAGCCGCGCCGGCAGCCGCGCUACCCCGACCCCGGCGGCCCCCGCGCCGCCGA